GAAAUUUAAAGUCAAUGUUCCGCCAUUCGAAGUGAAUGCAUUUAUGGUUAAUGCUGUAUAUGUUGGUUCAAUCGAAAUUAACUUUAAAUUUCGCUCUAAAGUGUGGAUCUUCAGCGCUAUGGAUUGAAUCGAGCCCUACACAUUUUAUUUAUUUACAGUGCAUUCGGAAAGUAUUCAGACCCCUUGAUUUGUUCCAUAUUUUGUUACGUUACAGCCUUCUAAAAUGUACUAAAUAAUUGUAUCCCCUCGUCAAUCUACACACAAUACACCAUAUUUACAAAGCAAAAACAGGUUUUUAGAAAUUUUAGCAAAUGUAUUACAAAUAAAAAACAAGUAUUCAGACCCUUUGUUAUGAGACUCAAAAUUAAGCUCAGCUGAAUCCUGUUUCCAUUGAUUAUCCUUGAGAUGUUUCUUAAACUUGAUUUGAGUCCACCUGAGGUAAAUGUAAUUAAUUGGACAUGAUUUGGAAAGGCACAAACCUCUAUAUAAGGUCCCACAAUUGACAGUGCAUUUCAGAGCAAAAACCAAGCCAUGAGGUCGAAGGAGUUGUCCGUAGAGCUCAGAAACAGGGUUGUGUUGAGGCAUAGAUCUGGGGAAGGGUACUAAAUAAUUUCUGCAACAUUGAAGGUCUCUAAGAACACAGUGGCCACCAAGACUCUCCCUAGAGCUGGCCGCCCGGCCAAACUGAGCAAUCUGGGGAGAAGGGCCUUGGUCAGGGAGGUGACCCAAUGGUCACUCUCACAGAGCUCCAGAGUUCCUCUGUGGCACUCCACCAAUCAGGUUUUUAUAGUAGAGUGGACAGUCAGAAGCCACUCCUUAGUAAAAGGCACAUGAUAGCCCGCUUGGAGUUUGCUAACAGGCACCUAAAGACUCUCAGACGAUGAGAAACAAGAUGGUCUGAUGAAACCAAGAUAGAACUCUUUGGCCUGAAUGCCAAGCGUCACGUAUGGAGGAAACCUGGCACCAUCCCUACGGUGAAACAUGGUGGUGGCAGCACCAUGCUAUGGGGAUGUUUUUCAGUGACAGGGACUGGGAGACUGAUCAGGAUCGGGGGAAAGAUGAACGGAACAAUGUACAGAGAGAUCCUUGAUGAAAACCUGCUCCAGAGCACUCGAGACUUCAGACUGGGCCAAGGUUCACCAUCCAACAGGACAAUGACCCUAAGCACACAAACAAGAGAAUGCAGGAGUGGCUUCAUGACAAGUCUAUGAAUGUCUUGAGUGGCCCAGGCAGAGUCCGGACUUGAACCCGAUCUAACAUUUCUGGAGAGACUUGAAAAUAGCUGCGCAGCAACGCUCCCCAUCCAAUCUGACAGAGCUUGAAAGGAUUUGCAGAGAAAAAUGUGAGAAUCUCCCCAAAUACAGGUGUGCCAAGCUUGUAGAGUCAUUGAUGACCUUUUUUAACCUUUAUUUAAGGCAUGUCAGUUACAAAACAAAUUCUUAUUUACAAUGGGGAACAGUGGGUUAACUGCCUUGUUCAGGGGCAGAAUGACAUAUUUUUACUUUGUCAGCUCGGGGAUUCGAUCUAGCAACCUUUCAGUUACUGGCCCAACGCUCUAACCACUUAUCUACCUGCCGCCCCAGGUAUAUAAAUAAUAUAUCUAUUUUUUAUCCAUUUUAGAAUAAGGCUGUACGGUAACAAAAGUGGAAAAAGCCAAGGGGUCUGAAUAGUUUCAGAAUGAACUGUAUUUCCAUGGUAUAUUGUACAUUUAGAAAGUGUUGUGUGUUACCUAUUUAACAUUUACUUAAGUGAUAAUGCCCGAGAAGCCUGUAUUUGAAGGAUAUACAGUACCAGUCAAAACGUUUGGACACGUUGACAAGUUGAUAAAUCGCCUGGCUGGGCUAAUAAGACAAUGGGUUGCGCAGUCAGAUGGAACAGAGUAAAUAGGCAUUUUAACAUCGUAGAUUUAGCCGGUGGUAACUUGUGGAAUAGACACCGGCUUGAAUGUGGUUUUAACCAAUCAGCCUUCAGGAUUAUACCUCCCAUUGUAUAAUAGUAGAUAUGCCUUUGAUUAUUCAGAAUGACUAGUGAAUUACUUUUUCCACUCCUUUUUUGGGGAAAUGGACUAGCAACUGUAGCCAGUGCUAUUUUGUAGCAUCCCAUACCCCUUUUGUGUAGUUUAAAUACAAGGAAUAACAUCAAGAAGACAUUGGGUAUGAGGCUACAUAUUCAUCAAACCACUUCUCCUUUGCAAUGUUCCAUUAUUUUGUUUAUAGUCUGGAUGAUCUUGACAUGUCACAUUCUUUUGUUUGUUGUCCGGAUGAUCUUGACAUAAAGCUCAAUUACCCUGCAUUAUGUGCUGGAUGGGUCUAAAUAAAACUUAAUUGGUUCCAAUUCAGGGGAUUCACUUCUGAGAAAUUCUGGCAAUCACCAAACAGAAGAGAGGACAGGAGGAUGAAAGGAGAGAUAGAAAGAAGGGAGGAGGUCCAAGCACACCAGGUUACAACACAGGGACGAUGACGCAAGUGGUCUCCCUACAAAAGCCCCUUUGGGGUGGGUAGUGAGGACACCGUCGGAGUGGUCUACAUAUCUUUCCUCUUCAGGCGGCUCCACAGGGAAACAGAUACAUUAAGCCAAGCGGUGGGUUCCAGGCUAACACCACCAACCAUGCUGCAGCUCACCGUGGUGCUGAUGUUAAUCGCUUCAGUAACAGAGACUUUCCCCGCUAGCAGCCUCAGAUACUCCCACUACACCCAAGGGGAGAGUCCAGACAAUGCAAUGCUAAAAGUCUUGAGAUAUGUAUCCACUGCAUCAACAGAGGGCCCACCCCCUGACAAACUUCCUGCUCUUCUACCCAAUGACGUAGACAAUCCACUGCUAGAGGCGGAACUACCCAGAAGGGUGUGGUGGUGGUGGUACCCAGCGAAGCCCCAACCACAAAACAGGAUUCGUCAGAAUCGAGCAUGGAGGUCCUCAUACAACCAUAACUCCUUCGGCCUACGUUAUGGAAAAUGAUAGUUAUGACGUCUCUCAGUUAUGUACUUGAUUAUAUUUUGAACAGUGCCUGACAAUAUGUAGGUAGAUAUAUUUAUGUGUAAAAAGCAGACAAAAUUCCAAGGCCUACACUUGAAAUAUUGCUAUAUCAUCAAUGACGAUUCAUGACAGCUAUUGAUGAAAUUACUUUUUAAUGACUUUAUCAUUUGUGGUUUACAACAGCCACUGUCAUGUGUUACCCAUAUGUGUGUGUGUUUUGCGACAUGUUUCCGUUCUGAUAUGUGAUAGUUUUAUGAAUGCAACUGGAAAUCAAAAAGAUGACACCAUUCAAUAAAUGGUCACUGUAAUCCA